AGAAACGAACGAUCGAUCUGUCAGUUUCAGUUUGCAGUCGUCAGUCAGCUUAGUAGCUCGCGAAAAUUAGAAGGUUCUCUUUACUUUUUGGUGUUUGCGUUUUUGGCCGUGGUCCGUCUGUCUGUCCGUCCGUCCGUGCGGAUGGUUGGUGGAAAGUGGUUCUCUGCUGUGUUGAAGGAAUUUCCGAAGGUGUUUUCGUGAAUUUGCUGCGUUACGGAAUAAUCUGUCUGCGUUGAGUGAUUUUCUUUAUUCCUCUGCUCUGCGCUAGUAGCUGGUUUUACGUUGCGUUUUCGCAAAAUCCGAGACGUCCUUCACGUGCGAGUGUGUGGGGGGAAGAUUUUUCCUUCCCGUUUGGCCCCAGUUUCGGAAGUUCGGAUUCCUCCGAUAGGUGGUUUGUGCUGCAGUAUUUUUUUUUUUCAUCGUCUGAUAUCGAUUGUGACGGAGGAAUAGUGUUUGAUCCAGUUAUCUAAAAAAAUCGGGCGAUAUAGUAUCGUGCGUGACCCGUGUUUGUUUAUCGUUAAAAUAUUUUAAUAUUGCAUUUUGUGGAGGAUUUUAGCAGAAAGAAGAAUAAGCCUAUAAUCAUUCAAUUCUCCGAGAAGAUAAAGCGACAAAGUGAAGCAAAAAAAGUAACAAAAAGUCGAGAUUGUGUGUGCGCUGGCUGCUGAGCUGAUUACGUUGGUGUGAGUGCUGUGGGAAGAAAUCAACACGAGCGAAGGGGAGAAAAAACAACAUACAGUGCUGGCAGUGAGGUGGAUUUUGGGAUACUUUCGCACUCUGAUAAUUAAGGAUUAAAGUUGAAAGAAGAUCGAAUACGUGUCGUCUUCAGAAAGGUCCAUCGGAGUCUGCACCGGUUCCGUGACCGUUCCACUAGCGUAGCGAGCACACCUCGACGAAUUCCGCGCACGGUGCAGGGCCGUACGAGGAUGGCCGAUUAUGGCGACUAAUCCUCUCAAGAAACCGCCAGAAAAUGACACACAAACCACCGUGGCGGAAUCCAGCAGUGGUCCGACCAUCCUCUUGAAGCAACAGCGCUCGACCUGUUCCUGCUCGAAUAUUUCUAUUAUGCAACUGUUUCACGAGAUGAAACAGAAAUUUCCUACCGUUCCGGAUCAUGUCGUGUCGGAGCUGGUGACGGCCAACUGCCACAACCGGCCGGCAUGUAUUGACAGUUUGGAGAAGGCCGUGCUGGGAACUCCGGCCGCUGCCCAGGCAUACCCGUCGCAAUCGAUACACAGUAGCAGCUUGAAGCGGCGCAUCAACGAGCGGAAGCUGAACAAGCUGGAGAGCAGUCUGAGCGGCGGCAGCAGUGGGAGUAGCAGUCGAGAGAGCAGCGUUGAUAAAACGUCCAAAUGUAUGGGAGAUGCAUCCGGUAGUAAUUUCGUAUCUGCUAAUAACAGCAUCAACAACAACAACAACCGAAUACCGAACACCACGACGACCAUCGUCAACGGCAGUACUGGUGAUCUAUCACGUGACGGUGGUAGUGUAAAUAAUACUGCUGAUAACCACCCGAUGACGACGGUAUUUGAUAACAACAAUAAUCGAAUCGCGCCGAGCAGACCCACUACAUUGCCAUUUAGUGGGCCACGACCGACGCGAGUAGCACCAUUACCGCCCAUUAGUUCUUCCCAAACCACCAGUUCGGAGCUAGGUGAAACUAUUAACGUGCAGUUGAACGUGACUGUUUCGCCGGUAGCUAGCAGGAGUCCCAUCGGACAGAGGCACACGUCUAUCCUGCAACUACAACCCGAACCGCCCUACUCUCGUGAGUUGGCUCAAGCUUCCAGUAGAUUUAAUACACCGGGUCCCCUGCCAGCGGGAGCCAACAGCCGAAGUUCGACGUCGGUCAAUCUAACGCUGCGGCAGCCAAGCGAGGGUCCGCAGUCACCCAUCCACAUUCACGCUAGUCCCCUCAAGUAUACGGCCAAAGGUUUCAACGCCCAGUCCGGCAUCCAGAGUAAAUUGGAAAUUACGUUUCGUGACGGUUUCGGCUCGAUCAGUGCCAUGCGGACGCACGUUCCCGGGUACGAUCAACCCAUCGAUGGCAGUAGUAGUAAUAAUAGUAGUAGCAAUAGUAACAGUAUACCCCAGCACGGGCAGUUGCAGGAGAAUCCAUACCGGGACCACCAGCAGAUGACGGCGGCACAAGUGGCGACGACAAACAACGAGAGCGAUGGACUUACCAAAGAGCAACUGCGUCAGAACUACCUGACUGAGGUGGCCAUUACACAUCAAGUAGACCAGAAAAAUCGACUGAGCUUUGAGGUGGAUCGAUAUCGACAGCAGUUGAAAUCGUUAAGGCGCGAAAUAGGUGUGCUUCAGCGGCCUCUUUCGCCUCAAGUGGCCGAAAACCUGUAUCGAGAGGUUCAAUUUCUCCUAGAAGAGGCAGCCCAAAUGCAAAAAGAGGUCGAUUCGGCCGAACUCACUGCGAACCCCGGUAUAACGGACGGCCUGCAUGCACUCAGUAUCGAAGGAUCUCCCGUUCUACCUGGUGGUUCGAUUGUGAAUCGUCCACCACGUCCUCCACGGCCUCCGCCUCCAAGAAUCCCGCCAGGCCUUCAUCAGCAGCUACCUCCAGGAGCAGCAGCAGCGGUGACAGCUACCUCGUCGUAUACGAUCGAAGGCCGAUAUCUAGGACAAUCGAUGUCGGCUCCUGCCGCCGGACCGAAUGAUCCCUCCGGCGGCAGUGGCGGCGGCGGCGAUACAAGCACCGGAGAACAAUGGACUUGCAGCCUUUGUACAUUCCAGAACCACGAACUCAUGACCACAUGCGAAGUGUGUUCACUACCCAAAGUGUCCGGUAGACUAUCGUCCCAGAAUUCUGCUCCAGCUCCAUCACCAUCAUCGCUACCACUACCACCACAACCACCAUCACUAUCACCGUCAUCGCCAAGGCCUUCGGCUGUAGCUGCAAUGGCAUCCGCUUCGGCACCGCUGGUGGCAGCUUCGGCACCGGUUGCGGCCACCGUUUUGCUACAGUCUUCCUCCGCUUCCUCCUCGGCUGUCUCGUCGGUUGCUUCCACCCCGAUUGCGCAACCCCCGAUUCAGAACGCUCCUUAUCAGAAGUCGUCCAUCGAGUGCUGAUAAUGGCAUCGACACCGAGGGGAGAAGCGUAGGAAUACUCUUCCUAACCCACUGUGCUAUCACAGUCUCACAGCAUCGGUGCUGCUAAAUUACAGUUGACGGAAAGAGACUGAGUCGAGUGAUGAGUGUUGUGAUUCCUAUAGUAGAAAACGAAUGCCAUAGACUAAUUCCUCAUAACCCUUACGGCCCUCUCGGAGCCAGUUUGAUUGUGCCAGCUUUGGCUUGAAGACGAACCACUAUAAAUACUGCUCGACAGAAGACUCGAGGAAACCUUUGAACAGAAGCGCCUUGAUGGUGUACCGUGCCUUGCUGGUGUUAUAGCGAACUAAAUGUAGGCCGCAGUUUGUACCUAUUGCUUAAUCUAUUUUCAGCUAAUCCAAUCCGUACUAAAAAUAUAUGCAACUUUUAACAAAGCGUCAGUCUGUGAGAAGUUUUGUUUGGCGCAAGCGAAAGUGUAACCGCAUGGAGUUUACGUUUUAUAAAAGUGUGAUAAAGUUUAAGCGCUUCGUGGAAAAUGUACCUUAAGAACAAUGAUUGAUGAAUCGUUAGCCUUUCCGUUAGAAUAGACGUAUAAACUCAUACACAUUAAUGCAAAAUUAUUGAUAA